GGCCAUCAAGUCUGCUAGAGAAAUAACCCACUACCAAGCAUCUACAGCACUGGCCUUAUAUUAUAUGUAUUACAACAACCAGAUCACGUUCCUGGUUUAGUUAGCUUACCUACUACCAGAUAGUCAAAUCAUUUAUAUCACCCUCCUGCUACCGAUUCCCUGCUGGUUUCCGUAUUUUAAAAAUGCAAAUAUCCAUUUAUCAAUCCAACAAAAGGCUCUGCCUUUUUAACCUCCCAGUCAAUAACUUGAAAGGCUCACGAGUUUAAAGUUGUAAAUUACUUGAAAUUAUGUUCAGUAAACUUUUAAUUGUUUUUACGACAAUAAUAAUUCAAAUAAAUUUACUUAAUUGUUGGUUAAUUAAUUUUUAUUUGAAUGAGGACAAUGGUCUUCGUGAAAAUCAAAAUGAGAGAUUUAAUUUAAUUUUCCCAGGAACAAAGUGGUGCGGAAGCGGAAGCAUUGCGGAAAACUACAACGACCUGGGUUACUUCAGAGAAACGGAUGCUUGCUGUCGAAUGCACGACCACUGCGACGAAACGAUCGAAGCUAUGCAAACCAGACACGGUCUCACUAAUCCCUCUUACUAUACGAGGGUACACUGUUCUUGUGAUGAAAAAUUUUACGACUGUCUUCAUGGGGCUGAAGAGAAUAUCUCACAGAAAGUUGGAACUGUUUACUUCAAUGUUCUUAAUACCCAAUGUUUUCGAAAUGAUUUUCCGAUAAUAUCUUGUAAAAAAUAUAUCAUGUAUCCAAAACGGUGCAUGGAGUACGAUCUGGAUAGGAGCCAAGAUAAAAUAUACCAGUGGUUCGACGUGCCUCUUUACUGAUGAUCAUUCAACUGGAAUCAAGAGUAGCGAUGAGGAGAAAAGUACCACCUACUAUAUAUACCCUAUAUAUAUAAAUACAACAUAGCAGCUUCUUUUCACGUGCUGGUUACUAGCAUACACUACACCGUUAACGUGAAUUUUCAUCCAAAGCCCACUUCAUCUAAUAGCUUCGAACUCGCCCGAUUGAUUGACCGGAAAUAAACGACCAACAAAUUUUUUAUCAUUUCUUUUUUUAGCAAUAACUCGAUGAUGAGCACGUUUUAUCGAUAGCUACU